CUAAUACCAAAUACUCACUCCUCAAUUGGGUCAAACCCGCCUUAAUCGGGGCAAUUUACCUAGUAUAAAAUAGGCGCGCAGUGUGAAUUUCAAAUUGAAGCUCAACAGACGGUAGCAGUCAGGAAGAAGCAAUUUUCUUGUAUCCAAAGGUGUUGGUGAAUUGCUUGUAUUUUGGGGAAAUUUACUUUCUAAAUCUCAUGGAAGUUGUAUUUGAAGAGGAGUAUGCUGCCUUUGAGAAUAAAGUGAAACGAAGCGUCUAUAUUGACGAUCUUUCACCUUUGGCUAAGGAGUCUGUUACCAAAGCUGCACUUGAUCAGUUCGGAAAUGUGAUUCAGGUCACGUUAAUCCGAACCUACCUUGAACUAAAAGGGAUGGGACGAGCUGCUUUAGUUGAGAUGCAGGAUGCAGAUGAGGCAAGAUCAAUCAUCUCUGAGAUACGAAAUUCCCCUUUCAUGAUCUCGGGCAUGUCAAGACCUGUUAGGGCACGUCCUGCUGUAGUUGAGAUGUUUGAUGAUCGCCCAAGAAAACCUGAUAGGACGAUAAUGUGCAGCUGGUUGAAAUCCAAUGAUCCUGAUUUUGAAGUGGCCACGAAGAUGAAGCGGAUAGUUAGGAACCAUGCAAAAGAAGCCAAUUUUUUGCUCAAGUGUCAAUUGGAGGAGGAAGAACGACUAGCAAAAGAGCAGUCAGAGUCCUUGAACACAAUCUACACUUAGUAUGAACUCGUUCAACAUGUCUUUAACAGUGGAACCACUACGCGAUUGGAAAAGUGUUAUAAAAUGCGUAAUGAUGUUCGCCAGUAAUCAACAUUCUCAUCCAUAAAUUUGUAAAGAUAUAAAUAUUCAACUGUUAAACCAAAUGACACAUUUUGCCUUUUGUAAAGGACUUAAUUUUUAGGCGGUAGAAGAGCUUCUUGUCUGCUGUCAUUCAUGUGCUCUUGAAUUGUAAUUGUUAGCCUAAAAUGUACUACUCUACAUGAUAUCUUGCGACCCUGCAGACAAUUUGAAGGAUUUAAACUCA